AGUAGUAGGUAUCAGCUUUGUUGGGCUCAAGCAGACCUGAGCCACCACUUCGGAAGCAGCUGCAGCUGAGCAAAUCAUUGUGUUUUGUUGAAGAAGCCAGUGUUGUUGUUUUGUUACAGUCAUCUCGUGGAUUUAAGGUUUAAGUGUAUUGGCGUUAGCCCGCGUGGAAGCUGCAUACCGACGACACAAUACUUACGAACAGAGCUACCGAACACGGUUUUGGGUAGCCACUACGCGCUCGCAACGGGCUCAACCGACUCCGCGACACAACACCCGCGAGAGUCCCAGCCCGCGUUCAGUGCUGUAGCGCGUUUCGUCGAGUUCGGUUCGCUGGUUCUGGACAGCAGUCCGAAUCGUUCGCGUGUGUCGUUGUUGUGAUCGUGACGGAGGGUCGCGUGUGUGUUCCAACCGGGUUGGCUGGCACUUUUCACAGCAGAGGGAAGGCGCGCUUGGCCUAGUUCGGCUCGGUGAAGCCCGCAAACUUGCUGACAUUGAAACAGUGCACAUCGAGUAGCAGUUUCGUAGGCGCAUUACAGUCAAGUUGAAGCCAACAUGAUCCUGUCGUUGGCCGCGCUAGGGUUGACCCUGCUCGGGGCGUGGGUGUGUGCCUGCUGGAUGUACGAGAACCUGCGCUCGCUGGUGCAGAUCGUGGUGGCCAUGCUGACGCCGUACUUUGUCCCCGCCGAAAACAAGACCCUGGUCGAGCGCUACGGCAAAUGGGCCGUAAUUACCGGCUGCACGGACGGAAUCGGUCGCCAGUAUGCCUUCCAGCUGGCCGCCCGCGGACUCAACAUUGUGCUCAUCUCGCGAACGCCGGAGAAGCUGAUGGCCGUGGCCGCCGAGAUCGAGCAGCGCCACCAGGUCAAAACCAAGUGGAUCGCGGCGGACUUUAGCCUGGGGCGGCCAAUUUUCGAAAAGCUGCGCCAGGAACUGGCUGGCGUGCCGGUUGGAAUUUUGGUGAACAACGUCGGAACCAACACCGACUUCCCGGACGACUUCGAAACGGCCUCGGAGGACAAGCUGUGGGAAAUUAUCAACGUCAACAUCGGGGCGGCCACGAUGAUGACGCGGCUGGUGCUGCCGGAGAUGAAGCAGCGGCGCCAGGGAGCGAUCGUCAACAUUAGCUCGGGCAGCGAGCUGCAACCGCUGCCGUACCUGACCAUCUACGCUGCGUCGAAGGCCUACGUCCGUAACUUCACGCUGGCGCUGCAGCACGAGCUGGAACCGUUCGGAAUAACGUGUCAACUGGUCAGCCCGCUGUACGUGACAACCAAGAUGAACCAGUACUCCACCACGCUGAUGGAGGGCGGUGUGUUCAUCCCGAACGCGGAGUCGUACGCCAAGUUUGCCGUGUUUUCGCUGGGCAAAACGAAACGAACCACCGGGUACUGGUCCCACGGUAUCCAGUACUGUGUGGCGCAGUUUGCGCCCGAGUGGGCCCGCACCAUCAUCGGCGGAACCAUGAACAAGGUGUUCCGAAAGGAGUAUUACGCCCAGCAAAAGGCGGCCAAGGCUAAAUAAGGGUGUGCUGACGAAAAGAGUAUUCGGUACUGAGUUUUUAAUUUGAUGCAUUUUUUGUUACGAGUAUAGUUUCAGUUACCAUUUAUAGUUUUCAUCCAGCAGACGGUGGAUGUAUUUUAGUUUGUUCUUUGUUCUUUUUGUUAGAGCUACAGUGUAAGACUGAUUACUAAUCGUGGAUGUCAAUCAAAUAGUUUUCAUUUUAGUUUACUCAACAGAAAUAAAAUAACUUUCAAAAAAUAA